AUGCCAUCGACACCAGCGCCACAGGAUGACUCCCACCAACAACUCCUCGACCAGAUGGACAUUUUCUACACGCCCAAACCCUUCCGCAACCCUAACUGGAAACCCGGUACACGACGCAACAAAAACACCAAGCAAAUCAUAUCCGAGUCGCAGCGGAAGGAAGCCUCGGUGCUAGCCACGCAGAACAACUCUGGCGCAUCGACCCCUCUGCCUGCGACGGGCGCGAACUCGGACGGCGCAGCUACACCCGUGCACUCCUCUGCCGGCUCACGGCCCGUAAACAUGGCACAAGCGACGCAGAGUCUGAGCACGCUCGUUCUAGAGCGUAAUCUACAGAGAGACAAAGCCUCAAGCGGUGCGUUUCCGGGACCUCCUGGAGGGUUGACGGCGGGGCCAGCUGUCACAUACACGAACAUUGAGAGCGCGCCGAGUCUACAUCCUGCGAACCAAAAACGGUACUGUGACAUUACGGGCUUGCCGAGCAGGUAUACAGAUCCGAAGACCAAGCUGAGAUACUACGACAAGGAGAUCUUUGCGGUGGUGAGGAGUUUGCCGCAGGGCGCACCGGAUCAGUAUCUUGCGGCGCGAGGGGCGAAUGUGGUCUUGAAAUGA